CAACGUCGCCGGUAAAAUGCGCGUGUUUCUUCCUCUUCCUUUUCCGCGGCGAAGCUCUUUAAACUGAAAUAUAUUUGCAUUUGUUUGUUCUUAAAUAAGAAUUAACAAUGAAUCUGGAGGACAUCUCGGUGGUGAUGAAGCUAUGCGACGACAACGUGCUAAAGCUUCACGAGAACCUCCGCUCCUACCAGCGCGAUGUGCGGCGCGUCAAGAAAUUAAUGACGAAAAGAUGGGCGAAUGUGGAGCGACUGGACAGAGGCAUCAUGGCUCUGCACGACCAGUUGGUGGGCAGUCUCAGCGAAGUGAACGCCUAUAUCAUCAAGCUGAACCUGCACAUAGAGCUCAACCGACCGUUGGAUCGAUUUACGGAGGAAGAAAGAUCGGAGGACUCCUUGGACGAACUAUGUUCACCAAACAACGCGUCUUCAAGGGCAAUCAAAGGAGCUAGUUCUGAUGAAACGGAUGAACAGUCGCAGGAGCAGGCCUCCAUCGAGAAGAGUCUAGAAGAUUCCGCGCAGCUGGUACCCGUUGAUCUUUCCUUGCGUUUCGUGGAGUCCAGUAUGUCGUCUUCUCAGUCGUUUGACGAGCCUAAGGUGGCUAUUCCAAAGUCUCCUGAACUGGCUCCCACAUCUACUCCUAAACUAACAAAGACUCCAAGCAAUGGAUCCCUUCUUUCCCCUAGAAACUCGAACCAGACGAUCAGCAAUGAUACCUCCAAACAAAAUUCCAAGAAAAUAACUCAAUUGGAAAUUAAAGAGAACCCAAUGGUCAUUAAGUCAUUCCCAGAAGAUGUAAAGUUUUCUACCCCAACCAGCAUUAAUGUCUCCCAACAAAAGUCCGAAAACAAAAGUCCAUUGCAAAUGGAAGAGACCCCAGAGGCCACUAAGCCUUUCCAGGAAGAACGAAAGGCUGCUAAUCCCACCAGCAUUAACGUCUCCCCACAAACGUCCAAAAACACAACUUCAUUGCAAAUUAAAGAGACUACAGAAAUCAUUAAGGCAUUCGAGGAUGAUCCAAAGGUAGCUACUCCAACUAGUAGUAAUAUCUCCCAACAAAAGUGCAAAACCACAACUUCAUUGCAAAUUAAUGAGACCCCAGUGGUCAUUAAGCCUUUCCAGGAAGAACCAAAAGCUGCUACUCCCACCAGCAGUAAUGUCUCCCAAAAAACGUUCAAACACAUAACUCCAUUGCAAAUUGAAGAGAGUCCAGAAAUCAUUAAGUCAUUCCAGGAAGAUCCAACGCCAACUAGCAAUAAUAUCUCCAAAGAAAAGUACAAAAACACAACAUCAUUGCAAAACAAAGAGAUUACAGAAAUCAUUAAGACAUUCCAGGAAAAUCCGAAGGUUACUUCUCGCACCAGCAAUGAUUUAUCCAACCUUGUCUCUAAAAACAUAACUUCAUUACAAACUCAGAAAAACACAGCGUUUGCCACCUUGCCUUCCACUUGGCUUAUUGAUCCGUCCGAUCAGGUUCCUACUCCACCAUCGGCAACCAUUUCGAAACUUCCAAAAACUCCCAGAAAGCGAACGCUCUUGGCCCCCAAAGGUGGCACCCAGACGACCAGCACAGGGAUCUACAAUCAAAUCUUGAGGAACAUGGCUGCCUUUCCCAGCAGAACCUUGGUCGCCGCCGCAUUGGUGCAUGUGAACUUAGCGGACGAUUGCAUCUAUGUGGCCAAAUGGGACGAGAGUUCAAAGAGAAUUCAGAAAGUGCUCCAGGGACAAGUGGCUCUGCAGGAAUUGGAUCAGCUGCCCGACUACGGAGAGAUCUUUGCAGUCCUCGACAGUAGCGACAAUAUUACUACUCGGAUGACCAUUAAUAGCAGUUGCGCUGUAGGAGGCUAUUAUGGUUAUUUGAUCGACUAUGGCGAACACAUUCACCUGAACGGCUACGAAACUAUAUAUGAAUUACCCGACGAUAUAAAACGGUUGCCGGCGGAAGCCAUUAGAGCAAAAUUAGUCAACUACGAUAUUGCCCAGAUGAAAAGCUUCCUCUACAGUGUCAUUCAGUUGCGUGUACUUGAAAACAAUGGCAUUGAACUGGUGGUGGAAGUGAUCGAGGAUAACCUCAGCAAAGUAAGGCUUUCCCUUAAAAAUAAGGCCGACGGUGAAAGUCGUGCGGAAGUAAGCGAGGCAGAUAUGGCCAUGCUAAAUGAAAUUGAAGAGAGCACCAGUGAUCCCCUGAAGGCAGUGCUGGGCUUUAGGCCCACGGACGAGCAACGCAUUUGCCGACACUACAAUCCAAAGAUAAAUGGGUGCUUCAAGGGCAACAACUGUCGAUUGGUUCAUGAACCCCUUGCCCCGUUUGGCGCCACCAAGGAUGUGGAGGUAGCUGGACCUCUUCCGGAAACCGUCUUUGAUACACCAGUGCCAUUUGAAAUUGGAAGCAUUGUCCGCAUCUUGAUCACCUUCAUCAAUGGCCCUACCGAAGUUUAUGCCCAGUUCUUGGACGGAUCUGCUCCGCUGGUGUGGGAGGAAAAGGAUGUGCCCGUGAACAAACGACACUUCAAGCGAAAGCCACACAUUCUGGACAUUGUACUCGCCCUCUACAGCGAUGGCUGCUUCUAUCGCGCUCAGAUAAUCGAUGAAUUGGAUAAGGAGUAUAAGAUAUUUUAUGUGGAUUAUGGCAACACAGAGUUUGUCCCACUGAGCUCCUUGGCUCCCUGCAACGACGUGGAGAGAUUGAAGCCCCAUCGGUGCAUCAGUUGUCAUAUAGAGGGUGUUAUAAGAUCAACAUUGCUGACACAUCAGGAGACGUUUGAAUGCGUUGAGUACCUGAAGAGCAAACUGCUUAAUAGGGAGAUGAAUGUUAGGCUGGUGAAUCGAUUACCGGAUGGUUUUAUGAUUCGCUUUUUGGGCGAUUGGAAAGAAGUGCCGCGUCACCUGAUAAAUCGCAAGUAUGUCGACCCCGUCAAUGGGAAAAGGCGUGAUUCCGACGGCGAGGAAGAUGAAAAUCAACCUCCGGCAGGUAAAGAUUAGUAUGGCUAUUAAAAUCUUUUUGUUGGUUUAUCUUAGUUUAAAUCAUACUUAUUUUUAAGUGUCUAAAUGUUUCAAUUCAAAGACGAAAGAGGGACUUCAUUUAUCCCAAAUUCAAAGCAACUUGACCUUAACUUACCACUACUACAAUGCUUUUGAAAUUGAUUUCUGAACAAACGUUUCUUUUAAUCAACAUAAAUUGUGUCAGCUUUAUAAAGCUAUAUUAUUCACUUUAAGAAACUUGUUAUUUUUUAAGCGAAAACUGACAUUUUCAUUAAGCUCAUAAUGUUAAUAUUUGUUUUUGAUGGACUCAUUUAUUGUUUUUGAAUUAGUAUAUAACCUUCAGUUAUGCCGCGAGGCCUACGAAAUAAACUGGCUAUGUUCCAACACGUUAUCCACAUGUCAA